CGUUCGGCUUCCUCCCCCUGAGGAGGAGGAGGGAGCGGUGGGAGGAGGAGGAAGGCCCGGGCCCUGACUAAACCCUUUGGUUUUUGCAGGGAAGCGAAAGGGAAGGCGGGCAGCCGAGGAGAGACGGAGCUGAGGAGGGGCUGCUGUGCCACCUGCCCGCCGCCCACCAUGGUGAAGCUGGACAUCCACACGCUGGCCCAUCACCUGAAGCAGGAGCGGCUGUACGUGACCUCGGAGAAGCAGCUGAUCCAGAGGCUCAACGCCGACGUGCUGAAGACAGCGGAGCGGCUGUACCGCACGGCCUGGAUCUCCAAACAGCAGCGCAUCAACCUCGACAGGCUCAUCAUCACCAGUGCUGAAGCUUCUCCUGCUGAAUGUUGCCAGCACGCAAAAAUCUUGGAGGACACGCAGUUUGUGGAUGGAUACAAGCAGCUGGGAUUUCAGGAGACUGCUUACGGAGAAUUCCUGAACAGACUGAGAGAGAACCCCAGGCUUAUCGCAUCCUGCCUGGUUGCCGGAGAGAAGCUCAACCAGGACAACACCCAGAGCGUCAUUCACACAGUCUUCACCUCCAUUUAUGGCAACUGCAUCAUGCAGGAGGAUGAGAGUUACCUCCUGCAGGUGCUCCGGUACCUGAUUGAGUUUGAGCUGAAAGAGAGCGACAACCCCAGGCGGCUGCUGAGACGAGGCACCUGUGCCUUCAGCAUCUUGUUCAAGCUUUUCUCUGAAGGACUCUUCUCUGCAAAACUUUUUCUUACUGCAACCUUACAUGAGCCAAUCAUGCAACUUCUGGUUGAAGAUGAAGACCACCUGGAAACUGAUGCAAACAAGUUAAUUGAGAGAUUCUCCCCAGCACAGCAGGAAAAGUUAUUUGGAGAGAAAGGCACAGAGAAGUUCAAGCAGAGAGUCCAAGAGAUGGUUGACUCCAACGAGGCCAAGCUGGUGACCUUGGUCAACAAAUUCAUUGGCUAUCUCAAACAAAACACGUACUGUUUUCCUCACAGCCUGAGGUGGAUUGUGUCGCAGAUGUACAAAACACUGUCGUGUGUGGACAGGCUGGAGGUUGGGGAGGUCAGAGCCAUGUGCACAGAUCUCCUUCUGGCCUGUUUCAUCUGCCCUGCCAUCGUCAACCCAGAGCAGUAUGGCAUCAUUUCUGAUGCUCCUAUAAAUGAGGUGGCAAGAUUUAAUCUGAUGCAGGUUGGGAGACUUCUGCAGCAGCUGGCAAUGACAGGCUCUGAGGAGGGAGAUCCACGUACGAAGAGCAACCUUGCUAAAUUUGACAAAAGCUGUGUUGCUGCUUUCCUGGACGUGGUGAUCGACGGGCGCGCGGUCGAGACUCCGCCGAUGUCGGCUGUGAACCUGCUGGAGGGGCUGAGCCGCACUGUGGUGUACAUGACCUACAGCCAGCUCACUGCCCUGGUUGGCUUCAUGCGGAACGUGAUGUCAAGCGAUCAACUUAAGGAAGAUCGGAUGGCUUUGGAGAACUUGCUGGCAAAUCUACCCCAGAACAAACAAGGGAAGAGCAGCAGCCUUGAAAUGACUCCGUAUAACACCCCCCAGCUUUCUCCUGCAACUACUCCAGCUAACAAAAAAAAUCGACUGCCCAUAGCCACUCGAAGCAGAAGUAGAUCAAACAUGCUAAUGGACCAGCACGGAGAUCAUGAAGGCUCCUCCCAGGAGACUAUUCCAGAAGUUCAGCCAGAAGAAGUGCUGGUGAUUUCUUUGGGGACAGGGCCACAGAUUACUCCAGGAAUGAUGUCAGAAAACGAGGUGUUAAAUAUGCAGCUUGCAGAUGGCGGGCAAGGAGAUGUCCCCAUUGACGAGAACAAACUCCAUGGUAAACCUGAUAAAACCUUGCGCUUUUCCCUCUGCAGUGAUAAUCUGGAAGGAAUAUCUGAAGGUCCUUCCAAUCGGUCCAACUCUGUGUCCUCUCUGGAUCUGGAGGGGGAGUCUGUGUCGGAGCUGGGCGCGGGCCCCUCCGGCAGCAACGGCGUUGAGGCUCUGCAGCUGCUGGAGCACGAGCAAGCCACAACUCAGGAUAACCUGGAUGACAAGCUCCGUAAGUUUGAAAUCCGUGACAUGAUGGGUUUGACUGAUGACAGAGAUAUUUCAGAAACUGUGAGUGAAACCUGGAGCACAGAUGUCUUGGGAAGUGACUUUGACCCCAACAUCGACGAGGACCGGCUGCAGGAAAUCGCAGGUGCAGCUGCAGAGAACAUGCUAGGCAGCUUGCUGUGUUUGCCAGGUUCAGGAUCCGUGUUGCUUGAUCCCUGCACAGGUUCAACCAUAUCAGAAACCACAAGUGAGGCGUGGAGUGUGGAAGUAUUACCAAGUGAUUCAGAGGCUCCAGAUUUAAAACAGGAGGAAAGACUUCAAGAACUGGAGAGCUGCUCUGGGCUGGGAAGCACAUCUGAUGACACAGAUGUGAGGGAGGUCAGCUCUCGGCCCAGCACCCCCGGCCUGAGCGUGGUGUCAGGUAUUAGUGCAACAUCUGAAGACAUUCCUAACAAGAUUGAGGAUCUCAGGUCUGAAUGUAGCUCUGACUUUGGGGGAAAAGAUUCUGUAACAAGUCCUGACAUGGAUGAAACAGCCCAUGGAGCCAGUCAGUUGACAUCUCCUCCUUCUCAGACAGAUUCUUUGCUUGCAUUGUUUGACCCUCUGUCUUCAAAUGAGGGUGUGUCAGCUGUAGUAAGGCCUAAAGUGCACUAUGCAAGACCCUCUCACCCACCCCCAGACCCCCCCAUCCUGGAAGGAGCCGUGGGAGGCAACGAGGCCCGGUUGCCAAACUUUGGGUCUCACGCUUUGAUUCCAACGGACCUGGAAGCCUUCAAGCAGAGACAUUCCUACCCGGAGAGGCUGGUCCGCAGCAGGAGUUCAGACAUAGUGUCCUCAGCCCGGAGGCCUAUGAGUGAUCCUGGGUGGAACAGACGUGCUGGGAACGAGGAGAGGGAGCUGCCCAUGGCCUCCAGCAGCACUGGGGCAGCGGUGCUGGUGGCCACCUCUCAGUCGUCUUCUUCAUCUCCCAGCAAGGACUCCUCCAGGGGAGAGAUUGAGGAACGGAAAGACAGUGACGAUGAGAAGUCUGACAGGAACAAGCCCUGGUGGAGGAAACGUUUUGUGUCUGCCAUGCCCAAAGCUCCUAUUCCAUUUAGGAAGAAAGAAAAACAAGAAAAAGACAAAGACGACACGGUUCCUGACAGAUACGCAAUGCUUCAAGAUGAUCCCAGCCCAAGGCUCAGUGCACAGGCACAAGCUGCUGAGGACAUUCUGGACAAAUACAGGAAUGCAAUUAAGAGAACAAGUCCCAGCGAAGGAGCCAUAGUGAACUACGACAGUGCAGAGGCCAUUGGGGAUGGUGAGAGCAUGCAUGACUCCCCACGGGAUGAGGCUUUGCAGAACAUGUCUGCAGAUGACCUCCCAGACUCUGCAAGUCAAGUAGCACAGCCACAAGGUUCUGCUUUCUCCUACAGGGAUGCAAAGAAGAAAUUGAGAUUGGCUCUCUGUUCAGCAGAUUCUGUUGCCCUCCCAAUGCUGACACAUUCAACAAGGAAUGGUCUCCCAGACCACACAGACCCUGAAGAUAAUGAAAUUGUGUGCUUCUUGAAAGUUCAGCUGGCUGAAGCCAUCAACCUGCAGGACAAGAACCUGAUGGCACAGCUGCAGGAGACGAUGCGCUGCGUGAGCCGCUUCGACAACCGCACCUGCCGCAAGCUGCUGGCCUCCAUUGCAGAGGACUACAGGAAAAGAGCUCCAUAUAUCGCUUAUUUAACUCGCUGUCGCCAAGGCCUGCAGACAACACAGGCGCACCUGGAGAGGCUCUUACAGAGAGUCCUGCGAGAUAAAGAAGUGGCCAACAGAUACUUCACUACAGUCUGUGUGAGGUUACUGCUGGAGAGCAAGGAAAAGAAAAUAAGGGAGUUCAUUCAAGAUUUCCAGAAACUCACGGCAGCAGAUGAUAAAACAGCCCAAGUAGAGGAUUUUCUCCAGUUCCUGUAUGGGGCUAUGGCUCAGGAUGCCAUAUGGCAGAAUGCCAGUGAGGAGCAGCUCCAGGAUGCACAAUUAGCCAUAGAGCGCAGUGUGAUGAAUCGCAUUUUCAAACUCGCCUUCUACCCUAAUCAGGAUGGAGAUAUUUUGCGUGACCAGGUCCUUCACGAGCACAUACAGAGGUUAUCCAAAGUAGUAACUGCAAACCACAAGGCACUUCAGAUACCUGAGGUGUAUCUCCGGGAGGCACCGUGGCCAUCGGCACAGUCCGAGAUCCGCACAAUAAGCGCUUACAAAACGCCCCGGGACAAGGUGCAGUGUAUCCUGAGGAUGUGCUCCACCAUCAUGAACCUGCUCAGUCUGGCCAACGAGGAUUCUGUUCCUGGGGCAGAUGAUUUUGUUCCUGUUCUGGUCUUUGUCCUCAUAAAGGCAAACCCCCCUUGCCUGCUGUCCACUGUGCAGUACAUCAGCAGUUUCUAUGCCAACUGCUUGUCGGGAGAGGAGUCGUACUGGUGGAUGCAGUUCACGGCAGCCGUGGAAUUCAUCAAAACCAUCGAUGAUCGCAAGUAGCUCGCACAGCACAGGCAGCCUGUGGACAGGAGAGGAGUUUCUAAGAAUGUACAACAGCUAUAAAAGCUGAAGAAAAGACUUUCCUUGUAAAAUACUGUACAGAAUUGAGGCAUUUUAAAACACACCUUUACUAAUCUAAUUAAUUUAACAGGUUUUCCUCUUCUCUCUGGGUUGCGUUUUUCUCCCCUUUAGAUACUGGCACUGCAAAAGGGACCACAGUUUUCAGGUAUUUUGGAAUCUCAAAACAUUCAGAAAAUUCUUCAUGUUUUCUCCACCACCCCUCUUCCUGAAUUCUUAUGUGAAUAAUCCACUUCAUUUAAUUUCUAACAGAAAACUGAAAUGAGGAAUCAGGGCAGCCACAUAGUAAACUUUCUAGUUGAAUACACCUUUUAUUAAGAAAACACCAGCCACACUGAAAGUUUGUAGUAGGUGACAUCAAUUAUUGGUUAUAUUUCAUCUAAAUUUAAAAUCUGUGAGGACAGUGUAAAUAUUAUAUAAUUAUAUUUAAUGCAUUGCAAGUAUCUUUGGACUUACUAUCCUUUGAAUAAACAAGCAAAAGCCUCUCUGACCUCUAACAGGUUGUGAUGUACCAUGUUUUGGUGACACAAGGACUUCCUCAAAAGGCUAAGAUUUAAAAGGGCAAACUGAACUAUUUAUUAAGAUGUAAUUAAGAUUACUGAAAUUUCUAAAACUGGAAUUUAUAACAAGGCUUAUUAGCUAGCUGAACACUUCUUGGCUAGGGCAUUAGGGUGUUACAGAGGUUUGGAUAUAUAGAGGAGAGGGACUGUAAGUUACAAUAGAGAAGUCUAAUAUAAAAAGGAGAAAUAAAAUACCUUACUGUAAUAUUUUUUCUGAGCUAUUGUGUAUACUGUACAAACCCCAAACAGAGAUCCUUAACAGAACCUUGGGCUGUAAUAUAUAUUUUGAUUAGUGACAUUAAAUACAUAUGCCAGGGGGUUCAGUGAAUGUUUUUACUAAAUGUUCUUCGUGUUGUCUGCUAUGCAGCAGUGCAAGUUUUACUGUUCAUAAAAAAUAUUUUAAAAUAAUAUAACACUGUUCUUUAUGAAACAUAUCAUGACAUCAGUUCAGGGUGUUUUAUAGAUUUCUCACCCCACCUUCCCCUUAAACUGACAGUUAUCAAUUUGAAGAGGUUUUUAUGCACAACACCACAUGGGUUUUUCAUGAGUGAAGUGGUCUGGGGCAUGGCCAGUGGGUGUUGGCUGUAUAUAACCACUUGCUGCUCUUUUUCAGCUUCAAUACAGUGAAAAAGGACAGCGAGCAUUGAACUUUUUCAUGUCAGUAUUAUUUCUUGCUCUUUCCAGAGUGUUCAUUGCACUUCUGACAUAGGGAUGUGGUAAGACUUGGAGUCUGUGAGUAGUAAAGAAAACAAAAUCUUUCUCACAUUCUUUUCAAAACACAAUUGGUUCAUUCUGUGUGUGUGUGUGCAUUUUGAUGAUUAAAACCUGUAAGAAACUA